CCUCGGCCUGGCUCAUCCCCUGCCUGCCCCUGGGCUCUCCAACUCACUGGCCAGCCAAGCUCAGGGACAGGCUCCGUUGUGCUGGUGACCAGUCCCUUUUCCACCCUGUCGGCCUCUCCCCUGCCUUGUCCUCCCCGACUCCUUCCACUCCACAUGGCUUUAGUGCUCACACCUUUCUGCUGACACCCUCAGGUCUCUGGGACCCCUGGCUUCAUCCCCAGCUUCCAUCCCCAGCUUGCAGAGGUACAGUCACAAAAGCCAGGCUGGAUCUCCCUGGAGUGACACCUCUGGAUCUGUGAUCCCAGCAAUCAGCACCAGUGAGGAGCUUGGCUCAUUACACUUCUUUCUGCUGUCCUUUGCUGUACACAUCUGUGUCACUGGACCCAUCCCUUGCUGCUUCCCUCUUUGCCUUGUCCCCCUUUUUGGCCACAUCCCUGAUCAGCUCCCUUUGCCCCAGCAGGUGCCCCCAGGCCUGACUGGGCUGGGAGGGUGUGGAACCCACAGGGCUGAGCGCCCACGGGCACUGCCUUUGCCUCCCUCAGGGCAGCAGCUUUGCCUCAACCAACCACCCUCCAUGGCCUUGCCUCUUGGCUGCCAAUUGCUUUUAAGCAAGAGUGAAGCUGCUGCUGCUGGGCUUUGCUCCCACCCACUGCCUUUGGAUGUGAAUCCUGGCUCCAUCACCUCCCUCCUGCCCAAAUGGCCUCUGGGCUCAUGCCAGGGAUGUGCAAAGUGCUGCCACAUCUGUCCCCUCCUGAGCCCAGGGAGCAGCCCUGGAGAGCCCCUGCAGCAGGGGUGUGUCUGUGCAUGCUGCCAGAAGGGCAUGUUCACAGAAAAAGCAUUGUCAAAACCCCCCCAAAGUACUCAACAACUUUCACUUUUGAGGGAAGCAGCGCAGGAGGAAAUGGGACAGGCUGGGACAGGGUGACGAUUUGCUUCGGUUUCCGGACAGCUCAGCUGGGAUCAGGGGACCCCUCCAAGGUGCCAGGUGACGGCCAAGCAGCUCCUGCUCCAGUCCAGAGUCCAGGAAAGAACCCGGGUCUCCAGGUUGUGCUCCAGGGAGGAGGAUGCUCUGUGGUUCCCCCAUCCACUGCUCUCUGCUGGCUUUUGUCAUUUCCACUUUAGUUUUCCAAGUUCCUCAGGGGCACUCAGCUCCACUCACCGUCACUGCACCCCCCGGCCCCAUCACCGUGGCCAAGGGCGAGGACGUGGUGCUGCCCUGCAGCUUCUCCCCGGGGCAGAAUGCACAGGACACGGAGGUGACCUGGUUUCGGGAGCACUUCUUGCCCUUUGUGCAUCGCUACAAGUUGGGCCAGGACCAGUUUGGGGAGCAGAUGGUUCAGUACCAAGGGCGCACUGAGCUGGGGAAGGACGGCCUUGCCAAGGGCAGCGCGGACUUGAAGAUCUUCCAUGUCCAACUCUCUGACACAGGGAAUUACACCUGCUUUGUUCAACGUGGCUCAGAUUACGAUGAGGCUGUGGUGGAGCUCAAGGUGACAGCCAGCGGCUCUGCCCCGCUCAUCGCGCUGGAGCGCUACGAGCACGGGGGGAUCCGGGUGGCCUGUCGCUCUGCCGGCUGGUACCCACGGCCCCGGGUGCUGUGGCACGAUCCCCACGGGCGCCGUCUCCCGUCCCUCUCGGAAAACGCUACCCAGGACAAGAACGGGCUCUUUGCAGCUGAGAGCAGCAUCAUCCUCACCAGGGCUGGGAACCAGGAACUCUCCUGCUCGGUGCAGCACCUCCCGCACACACCAGAGCAGGGACCGGCCCUUUACGUCUCAGAUCCCUUUUUCCAAGAUGCCCAUCCUUGGAAGAUUGCCCUGGGCGUGGUCCUGGUUGCUGUGGCUGCUCUCCUUAUUAUCACUGUUUACCUAUUUAAAAUUAAAGGAAAGCUGCAGAAAGAAAUAGGAAAGCUGCAGAAAGAAAUAGGAAAGCAGCAGAAAGAAAUAGAGCAACAAGCCCAGGAACUCGCGAACGUGGUUCUGGAUCCAGACACAGCCCACUGUGAGCUUGUCCUGUCUGACAAUGGCAAAGGUGUGAAACGACUUGACACACGACAGGACAUCCCCGACACCCUUGAGAGAUUUAACGUGUGGCGCUGCAUUCUGGGCUGUGAGGGCUUCAGCUCGGGGAGACACUACUGGGAGGUGGAGGUGGAGAAUGCAGGAGAAUGGAUUGUGGGGAUUUUUAGAGAUGGUGCAGAAAGAAAGGGUGAUAUUGAGUUUAAACCAGAGAAAGGCAUCUGGGCAGUAGGGAAACGGCCAGAACUGAAAGCUUUCACCUCCCCUAGUCCCACUGAAUUUCCUGAAAUCAAGGCUCCCAGGCGGAUCCGGGUCUCUCUGGAUUAUGAAAUGGGACUGGUGGCAUUUUUCAGUGUUGAUGACGGGAUUCCCAUUUUCAUGUUCCCACGGGCAUCAUUUGGGCGGAAAAAAGUCUACCCUUGGGUCUGUCUGGGUUCUGAGACACAUCUGACAAUGUGGCCCUGA